AUGAAAGCGGCGCGAAGAUAGAUAGGGACGAUGGCUGUCGUCUUUACUGCUACGCGCCGGUUCACAUACGGCAGCACAAUUCCCGCAGCAUCAGGCACUGGUCAGUAUCACAAUCAUGAGUACUCAACUGCACGACUUUAUCCGCGGCCUGCCCAAGGCAGAAUUGCAUUUGCAUAUAGAAGGUUCGCUGGAGCCAGAGCUGAUGUUUGCCCUCGCCCAAAAAAACGGUGUGCAAUUACCCUACGCCAGCGUAGAAGAAGUACGCGCAGCCUAUGA